AAUUAAUGCUUAUUUUCACAGUGACCUAAUGGCUAAUGCUAAGAAGCUAUACUCUGCAUCUCACCUCACCUAAGCCCUCGAAAAAAUAAAAACAAAUCAACGGUCCAAAAUCAACAUCCAGUAAUCAAGAACCCUUGCAAUUUAUUCCUCCAUCGUGUUCGAAUCUCAUCGCACCCCUCUCCUUUUUGAACAGUAUGGAGCUUUCCUAUGUUGUUUGUCUCGACUUUCUUCCUUUCGGACAAAAUUCGAUAAAAAGCACAACAAGACACACACAAGAAGCUCUGUGACUGUGUGUAUCUGUGUGUGAGAGAGAAGUUACUUCCCAUUAUCUCUCUCUCUCUCUCUCUCUCUCUCUCUAUAUCUCUCUGCCUGCACGCUUCAUCACUGAGAUUUUCGAAAAAACAUAGAAACAAUAAUACAGCCAUUAAGACAAAAAAAUUCAAACGGAGAAGAAGCAACAAUAUCUUCCGAACAUGGGUUUCUCUCCGUUUCUGUUUCUUCUCUUUCUCUCCGUCACGUUCGCCUCCGGCGAACCCAGUUCGGAGCUGACAUCCUUACUUGACUUGAAAGCGAGUCUUGACCCGGAAAACUUACAUCUCGGGUCAUGGGUCGGUUCGGGCGACCCGUGUGGCGGUACCUUUGAGGGGGUCGCCUGCAACGAGAAACGGCAGGUCGCCAACAUUUCCUUGCAGGGUAAAGGCCUCGCCGGAAAACUGUCGCCGGCGGUCGGCGGUCUGAAGCAUCUGACGGGUUUGUACCUGCAUUACAACUCUCUUUACGGUGAAAUACCUCUAGAGAUUGCAGACUUGACUGAGCUCAGUGAUCUCUACCUGAAUGUGAACAAUCUCUCCGGCGAGAUUCCGCCGGCGCUCGAACACAUGCAAAACUUGCAAGUUUUGCAGCUAUGUUAUAACCACCUCACAGGGAGUAUUCCUACACAAUUAGCUUCUCUAACGAAGCUCAACGUGUUAGCUAUACAAUCGAAUCAAUUAACUGGUGCAAUCCCAGCUAGCCUAGGUGAUUUACCAGUCUUGAUGAGGCUAGACCUAAGUUUCAACCGCCUCUUCGGUUCAAUUCCAACGAAAUUAGCCGACGCACCGUUGCUCGAAGUACUCGAUGUUCGAAACAACACUCUCUCCGGCAAUGUACCUCUAGCUUUGAAGAGAUUGGUGGACGGAUUUCACUACGAAAACAACCCGGAACUAUGUGGGUCGGGUUUUUCUUCCCUUCAAACUUGUGGGCCCAAUUCGGAGCGCCCCGAACCCUAUUCGGGUGGGUCAAUGGGAUCCACGACCAAGAACAUUCCGGAAACAGCCGACCUAAAUCUCAACUGCAGCCAGAGUUCUUGCUCUAAUAAGUCAUCCAAGACCUCACAAGCCUCGGUUGCUGUGGGCAUAAUUGUAAUUACCGUUAUGGUAUCUUUCGCAGCUAUUCUGACCUUCUCAAUUUACAGAAGGCGCAAGCAAAAACUCGGUAGUGCUGCAUUCGAUGCAUCCGAGAGCCGUUUGAGCACAGACAAUCACGUGAAUAACGAGACUUAUAAUAGAAAAAACGGAUCUCCACUAGUGAGCCUAGAGUACUCCAAUGGGUGGGACCCGCUUUCCGAUGACCGCCGCUUUCUUGGUUUUGUUUCUCACGAGGUAGUGAAGAAUUUUCGGCUCAAUCUGCAGGAAGUGGAGACAGCUACUCAGUACUUUGCUGACAAGAAUAUAUUGGGGAAGAGUAAUUAUUCGGUGACUUAUAGAGGGAAUUUGAGAGAUGGAUCGGUUGUUGCAGUUAAGAGAAUCACGAAGAGUAGCUGCAAAUCCGAGGAAUCCGAGUUCUUGAAGGGGUUGAACAUGUUGACUUCUUUGAGGCAUGAGAAUUUGGUUAUGUUGAGAGGCUUUUGUUGCUCGAAGGGGCGUGGUGAGUGUUUUCUUGUGUAUGAUUUUGUUCCGAACGGGAGUUUGUUGAGAUAUUUGGAUCUCGAAAAGGGCGACGCUCGGAUUCUUGGAUGGUCCACUAGGGUUUCUAUAAUCAACGGCAUUGCUAAAGGGAUAAAGUAUUUGCACGACAGCAAGGCGAACAAGCCCUCACUAGUUCACCAAAACAUCUCCGCCAAAAACGUGCUCAUUGACCAAAAGUCAAACCCCGUUCUAUCCGAUUCUUGCCUGCACAAGCUUCUCACAAACGACACCGUCUUUUCGGCUCUCAAAGCAAGCGCUGCUAUGGGUUAUCUCGCACCAGAGUACACAACCACCGGCCGAUUUACUGAGAAAAGCGACGUGUACGCUUUUGGGGUGCUCGUUUUUCAGAUUCUCUCUGGGAGAAAAACGUACUCGAGUUCUAUGAGAGCUUCUGCUGAAAUGUGCAGCCUCGAUUUUAUUGACGGAAAUUUAUUUGGGAAUUUCGACGAAUUGGAAGCCGCGAUGCUUGCGAAAGUUGCGGUGGUGUGUACAAGUGAAUGUCCGGACGAGCGGCCGUUUUUGGAGACGAUUGUGGAGGGGCUUAGUAACGGGAUUUAACUGAUGUUUUGAUGUUUGAAUGUGUUUUCGGAAUUUGCAUUAGCUGUAGUAACAAGGUAGAUUGGUAGUAACAAGUAACAACUACUUUGUAGGUCCAUUUUAGUGGAGGACUGACCCUGUUGAUUUUGUUGCAGUGUAGUAAGUUAGUUCAACUUAGCCUAGGAAUGGUUGUUGUUGUUAAUGUUGUUGAUGGAUUUUCUACUUCACUUUGUUCUUGUAUUUAAUUAAAAUUUGGUCUGUAGUAACAUGAUUUCGAUAUUUAUUAGAUUUUAAUUGAUGUGG